AUGGCAUGGCUGGUCAUAUUCCUUCUCUGUCUGGGACACAUUGCAGCACAGUUUCUGGGUAACUCCUUUAAAAGCGAAAACCAAAUAGAUGAUGGACUACUGCAUCUCCUCCUUAAACUGCGCCAGGAAGAAUUCUAUGACACCCUGCUGGUCUAUGGGGAGGAUUGUGUUUUUCAUUCAGUAAUAAGACACCUGGAUGUACCCACUGUGUUGGUGUCUUCAGGAAGCACCAGUUAUGAUUGGAAUUUUAGUAGCCUAACAAUGAUACUAGGAUGCGGGCCUAAUGCAGAACAAGAAGCCACAAAUCGAACCCUUAUAAAGCUGCAAAGAAACAGACGUUUGAUUUACCUACAAGAGAAUAUACAACCAGAGAAUGUGUGUAAUAACUAUGCUGAAAAGGAACAAUUCAAUAUAGCUAUGGUAAAAGAUGACUUUAAUGAGUCGCAAAUCAUAUACACUUGUCGCUACUUUCAAGAUCCUAACUUUGAGGAAAUAAGCUUAUCAGAGAAGAAACCAAUUUACAUUGAACAGUUCAGAAAUAUGCAUGGAAAUUCUAUCAGAACAGUGCCAGAUCUGUUACCCCCUCGAUGCAUGCAGUAUUGGGAUUCAAAAACUGGUGAAAUGAAGACAAUUGGCUAUGUCUCCAACUUGAUCAAUAAUUUCGCACAGAGAGUUAAUGCCACCUUAAAGUUUGGCUUUUUAGCUCCUCAAACUAACAUAAGGAAGAUAUCAGAUAUGGCUCAACGCGAUGAGCUCGACAUUGGCAUGACUCUCGAGUCAUCUUUAUAUUCUAAGAACUUUGAAACAUCCAGCUAUCCGUAUCUUAUGACAUCGUACUGUGUAAUGGCUAAAGUUCCAACAAAGAUACCUUUCAAUUUGGUGUACGCCGUGAUAGUGGAACCGCUAGUACUUGUCAUUAUCUUUGUGAUGUUCUGUCUAAUCUCUAUACUGAUCAUUUUUAAUCAAAACAUGUCGUGGCGUGAGCUGAAACUUUCUAAUAUACUACUUAAUGACAUGAGUCUGCGAGGCCUCUUGGGACAGUCUUUUCCCUUUCCCUCGAAUGCCAGCAAACAACUGAGGCUUAUCUUUACCAUUCUGUGCUUCGCCAGCAUCAUGCUGACCACGAUGUACGAAGCCUACCUUCAAUCUUUCUUCACGGAUCCACCAUCUGAGCCUCGCAUUCGCUCCUUCAAGGACUUUGGCGAAUAUAACCAAAAGUUGGCCGUUACCGAUAUCGAGGCUGAAGUCCUAAGAAGCACCAACAACACACAAUUUAUGGAAAUGAAAAAAGAUAGUAUUGAAAUCUUUAAGAAAUGGCGGGAGUGCGUAUCACUUCGUGAUUCCUUCAACACCAGCUAUAAUUAUAUAGUCACGGAUGAUCGUUGGAGUUCCAUUGCUGAACAACAGAAACUCUUCAAGGAACCAUUAUUUUAUUACUCAAGAGACCUUUGCUUUUCCCAGUUGUUCUACUUUUCGAUUCCCCUGAGGAGACACCUCCCCUACCGACAUCUCUUCGAGGAUCACCUGAUGAGGCAAAACGAAUUUGGUUUGGUGAAUUACUGGAAGAGCCGGAGCUUCUUCGAAAUGGUUAGACUUGGCAUUACACCGCUCAAGGACCUCAGUAAGCCAAAAGCCUUUGAUGAAAGCAUUAUAUUGGAGGACAUCUCGUUGAUAUUGAAACUUUAUCUGGCCGCCAUCUGCGUCAGCAUUUUCUGCUUCCUGUCGGAAGUUUUGGGAGAGAAGUGGAGACAUUGGCGUAGUUGA